CCUGCAACCACAACUUUACGAUUUCAUAUUUCGAAUAGGAGUGUGCCGCAACGGGAGAAACAUGUUCGGUGUUUUAAUCACAUUUAUCACAGCAGCGCUGGCUACUUAUUAUUAUCGUUUUCGACGGUCUCGUAGGCGUCUGUACGAGUUGGCAGCUAAACUGCCUGGGCCGUUCGAUUUACCUCUAAUUGGUAGCAUUCAUAUAGGUUUCGGAAGAGGUGCUACGGAAGUAAUGGAAUAUCUGCUUCCGAAACUUGACACAGUACCAACGCCGAUGCGAGCAUGGGCCGGACCGUUUCUAUUUGUGAUUGCCGAUAAACCAGAACAUCUGGCUGUUGUCUUGAACUCACAGGAUUGCAUCAAACGAUCUUACGUAUAUGACUUUUUCCGGACCGAGCAGGGACUCUUCAACGCCGAACCCGAACUGUGGAGGAAGCUAAGAAAGCAUCUGACUCCAUCGUUUGCGAUCCCCAGUGUAAAAAGUUUUAUUCCGUCCUUUAACCAAAAAGCUGAUUUACUAGUGAAAAAUCUGGAGUGUUUGGUUGGCCAGGCACCGUUUGACAUGUUCUACAAGGUUGGCGAAUAUGCUCUCGGGACGAUUGCUGUCAAUAGUUUAGGGUUGGAUUUAGACAACGAAACUAGUGACUUUAAGCAACGUUAUAUGGAGAAUGCCGAGAAGAUGUUCACUAUCAUGUGGUCACGCAUGUACAAGGCUUGGUUGCAGCCUGAAUUAUUCUACAAGCUGACUUCCACCUAUCGCGAAGAAAUGGAGCGUCUUCGAAUGUUCCGAGGACUGACGGAAAAGGUACUAUCGAUGCGUGAGGAAGCCAAGAAACAACUUUCCACUACAAAGGUAAACGCCGAACGAGAUGAGAAUAACGCCCGUCGUCCUCAGCUUUUCAUCGACAAACUGGAAAACAUUUCCAACGAAACGGGCAUUUUGGACGAGGAAGGUGUGAAACAGAACUUGGACACCUUUAUUUUCGCCUGUAAUGAUACGACAUCAUCCGUUGUGUCAACGACUAUACUUAUGCUGGCUAUACAUCAAGACAUUCAGGAACGCCUGUACCAAGAGAUUAUAAGUGUUGUUCCCGGCUCAUACAUUGAUUACGAAGAUAUGUCCAAACUAGACUAUCUGGAAAUGGUAAUAAAAGAAGCAAUGAGGCUAUUCCCUGUAGCGGCCGCCGUUGCACGCACGGCUGAAAAGGAAAUUCAGAUUGGCGAGUUUAUCAUUCCAGCCAACGCACAGAUUUUGGUACCGGUUAUCAAGAUACAUCGAAACAAGCGUGUAUGGGGUGAACGAGCUAAUGAGUUCGACCCUGAAAAUUUCUCUCCGGAGAAAUGUGCGAUGAGACAUCCAUACGCGUACUUAAGUUUCAGCGGAGGAAUUCGGAACUGCAUAGGCGUAAAAUAUGCAUACAUAACAAUGAAAAUCGUGCUUAUCAAACUCAUCAAGAGCUACCGGUUUUCCACCGACCUGAAGCUGACUGAUCUUAAGUUGCAUCUAUCGAUCUUGCUGCGUAUUGCCAACGGAUACAUGAUGAGGUUAGAACGACGAGAAACCAAAGAGUCACACACUUAACUGGUCAGCAUCGUUUAAUCAACACUAAGUGGAUAGAUACGUAUGCUAUUUUUUACGUUAAUUAGCAACAAAACUGACUGCUGUUAGUCAUGAUAACAGGUCACAGGUUAAAUGUAAUGUGUGUGGGAAGCAUGUAACGUUCUGAUGAUUAUGGCGUUACGCUACAACUGAGCGCACAUUUGUUGUAACCAUGAACUGGCAGCCAACUCGAUUAGGUCCUCGGCAACAAUACAAAUUAGUUACAAAAACAAUCUAGAUGUAAGUAAUCAAUGUUUUAGCAGUAAUAGUAAUGUAAUAUUGCUACCAGUGACAGCAGAAAUGCUUAAAUGCUCCAAAAUGGUAUGUAUGAAGUUACCUGCGGAUUUCCAAUACCACACAGUAGGCGUUGAAAAAAGUUACCCUGGUGGCACGAUUGUCAUUUGCAUACAAUUGGCUUGAAGCCGAAAAUUUGAGUUCUUUGGUUCUAGUUCGCUGUCAAAUGAUGUGUUUAAGCAGUGUUCACACGUUCACAUUUUCUUCAUGCGGUUGCACCAACAUAAGGAAACGAUUUCGAUGGAAUAUAAUCAAACUAUAAUAACCACAAUUUCUUUUUCUUAUUCAAAAAGAGGUCAAAUUACUUGUUUUAUAGAGAAUUAGAGUUAUAUUUAUAUUGGGUUUGAAUAAAUUAACUUUCGACACCAGUGUGGUUUGAUUGUAUGGUAUGAGCAUAGCUCAACAUAUUGUUGACAACAAUGCCACCAAAACAAAAUGCGUCGGUUUCAGGAACCAGCUUCCAGGGGGGGGUGGAAAAAGUACACCAACUUCACACACAUAGCGCUGUCAUUGUUUCCGUACGGUAGGAAAUCUAGGUAUACUUGAUUUAUGGUUUUAGUCGAUGUCACUAAAACGAACCUCAUUAUAACUUUAACUAAAUAAAGUGUAGAAUCGUACUACUAAUUGACAAAUCAGGAAAAACUAUUUCUUUAAUACAAAAGACUUAAGAAGCUAACAAUUACAUUUUAAAAUAAAGCGACACACGUGAUGGUUCUCAUGUCCUGCCCUGGGUCAGUUUCAACGACAUUAUACAGGGUCCGCCAUGUAACUUUUUUUUAAAACAUGCAAUAAAACACAAACGGUUCAUCAGAUUUCAAAAUUAAUUUUUUCAUGUUAAAGUACAAUCCUUCCGGUUAGUUGUGGAAUAUAAUUUGAUUCCAGUUUUUAGUCAGUUUUUAGUCGGUCCAGUUUUUAGUACAUUUUUGAUUGCAUGAAACUUUAUUUCAGCUAUGGCUGCACGAAUGUUGUCCUUCAAGGCUUGAAUUAUCUUAACACUUAUCUUUGACAGCCCCCCAAAGAUAUUAGUCUAACGACGUCAAAUCACAGCUCCGAGGCGGCCAAACGACAUCCGAAUUUCGACUGAUAAUUCGAUCUUCGAAGACUGUGCGCAGAAGAUCGAUCGUAGCGUUGACUGUGUGGCACGGAGCGCCGUCUUGUUGGAACCAAAUGGUGUCCAAGUCUUCCUCUUCAAGUAACGGGAAGAACCAAUCGCUAAUCAUGGCGCGGUAGCGCUCGCCAUUGACCGUGGCGGCGGCUCCUGCCUCAUUUUCGAAGAAAAAUGGCCCAAUGAUCAGGGCUUGCAUAUUGAAGCAACGAAUAUGAACGAAAGGGUUUCACCAUCUGUGCUAUUCACACACAUUCGUAUGUCAGGUAGAAUUCACAGCGCAACUCAAGCCAGGAGAGCUGCUUCGUUCGUUCAUUAGUUCAUGAAUAUGCCCGCUUGCUGAGACCUAUGCUUCAUGAGGUUAGCAUUUGAUGAAUGGUUCUCAUAUUGUAGAUGCCUAUGAGGAAACUAGUUUCAUAACUUUUAGUUCCGAUGAAUAUUAAUUUAAAGAACAUUGCUUUUAGUGUUUCUAGGAUAUAUACACAGUGUAAACUGCCAAGAAACAAAUUGAUCGUUUUGAAAAUGGGCUCAAAUGCAAAAUUUCUGCUAUAAAAUGUUUAAAGUCUGUUUGAAAUGUGAUCAAAUUUGGUCUUGGAAUGCGAACAUUAUGUUAAAAAUGAUUUCUGUAAACCUACUUUUUAAAAAUAAACCGUAAACAUUGCCUAUAUGACGUUGCUUCGCGUCUUGUAGCACACCGUGAGGCAAGGUCUUCUUUCUCGUACAAUACUAACGAGAGUGAACCCUUCAUUUCAUUACAUUGUCAUGGAUUGCUUAGUUCAUGUGUUAACUGAGAAUGAGAGCACAGACAAUUUACUUGGCAAGGGGAAUUGGUCUGCUCAGUAGCAUAUACUCUCACGCAUCCAGUUUCUCUCUAAUAUAGGUCUCUCAUUCAGCUAUGUCAAGCAAAGUGUUCACAGCAGAUAUUUUUUGUUGCUUCGUUCGUUUGAGGAUUGACAAUACAAGCCCUGCCAAUGAUGCCGCCAGACCAAAAUCCGCACCAAACCGUCACUCUCUGAGGAUGCAUCGACAUCUUCAUGAUAACGUGCGAGUUUUCCGUCCCCCAGAUGCGACAAUUUUGCUUAUUAACAUAUAAACAUUUUCAUCUAUAUGCCUCAUCCGAGAGGAUGAUUUUUUUGGCACACAUUCCGCAACAUUACCAUGAUUUUCAAAGUAAAGCUGCACUAUUUUCACACGUUCCUCAAGCGUUUACACAACCAUUUUCGUUCAGCGGAAGGAUAAACUAAGUUUCUGUCAAAUCAGAAGUGACAUUAAGGUUACCAAUGUCGAAAUAAUUGCUAGUUCAAAAAAGAAAAAAGGCGGGUGGGUAAUGUCAAAGACAUAACUGGAUGUCGUGAAUACGAAAACAACUGACAUGUUCUUAACACUUCCGAAUGUCAAUUAGUUGAUCAAUUGUAUGAAUUAUGCAAGCAUUCCCCUUUUUCACAUUUUUCGCAAAAACAAAGAAAGCUUCACUUGAUCUCGAUUACUGUGAAUUUCACACAGCGAAAAGUGCACAAAUCUAACCAAACUGUUCUAGAUUUGCACUAAACUGAGGAUAUUUCCCUUCGAUUUGCGAACAACAAAUCCUAAUAGUUCUUUAGAAAACAUUUAGAGCCAUUAGAACGGCUGAUUUUGUGUGAUGCUCUCCACCGUUGUCCUCUUUUCGUUGUUUUUUCACCAAUGCAAAUGACUGGCAACUGUGACGUAAUCGCUCUUGUCGGAAGCGAAACUAGCUUUGCAAACGACCCUAAAUACAUCUGCUCGCAGUGGCGAUAGAAUCCAAACUGAUCCAAUUUUUUGUUGAGAGGUUUGUUUUAACCUGAUUUCGUUUAUAGCUAUUUCAGUAAUGGGCGAUCCUAACGGCUAUAAAAAUAGCCGCAUAUAGAAUUUAAAUUUCGAUUAUUUCAUUUCGGAUUUGCAUUUCAUUGAAAAAAAAACUAUCCGGAUGCUGUACGGGAUUCAUUCCUGCCUUUCAGAAGGACCAAAUUGACCAAACACUGUUCGGAACAUUUUCCCGAACGAUUUGUUGUACAGCAGCAGAUAUUUAGUUCUCUUCCUCAGAACGCGUUCUGAUUGGCUGGUGUUGACAUGGGUCAAAUGAGACAGGUUUUUCAAUAGUGUACCAUUAAAAUACUUCAAUGCUUUUUCAUUACAUGCUUAAGUUGAAAAAUUUCGAUUCUAUUGGUAGUUAGAUUAUAUAAAUCCUUUCACAGAUCACUGAGUUAUGAGCUUUCAAAAUACGACAAAGGCAAACGCGCCUUAUGAAUUAUCCUCUUUGAUACUCGUUUAUACCAAACAUUUCAGAAAAGUUUAAUUUUGAACUAUUUGAGAUUAUGUCACACAACUGAAUAUUUUAUCAUAGAAUUGUGAUCCUAUUUCCGAUGGCAUGUAGCAAAAAUUAUGUUGAUUCGGUAGAUACAACAAGAGAUAUUCACGAUCAAAAACUUAUCACUCUCUCAGAGGGUAAAUUUUGAAAAGGCACCCCAUAGUAAAGUAAGUCGUAUUCACGACAAAAAAAGUUAUAUGGCGAACCCUGUAUUGAUUCUGUUCUAGGGGUAUGCUUUUCGAUUUUGAAAGAAGAGAUAUUCGUUUAAAUGUGUUUCAGAUGUGCAAAGAAAAAAUAGUUAAAAUAAUCAAAUUUGGGUUUCACACAACAAACUAUUUUAUUGAAACAGUGACAAUAAAACCUGGUUUGAUAUUGAAAAUAUUGUUGCUUGAAACUACAAAACAAGGUAAUUAAUAUUUCCCUGAGUAUUAGUUCGUUUUAAUCAAUAUUUCUAUAAACACAACAAAUACUGUACUUGUGCAUUGCUGUCAAAUUCUUGACAAACAAUUUCUCUGUUAAUUUAAUUAGA